CAGAACAGAGGUUUAGGGCCGAAGAUCGAAAACGAAAACGAUACUCUCAUUUGAUGCUGCUUGCCUGUGGAGCUCGCUAAAAAGCGCCGGGACGAGCGAUUCCCUCUCCAGAAUAUUCAUUUAUUCGAUUUUUCUUGUCGUUCCACAGUCAGCCUUAUCUCAUGCUGCAUCAGAUAAGCCAUGUCCUUGCCGGCUCCUGGAGCAACCCCUCAAGCACCGAUUUCGGGACCACCUGUCAGUCCUCAAACUCCAGUUACUGGUCCCUCGGCUCCACCUGCAGGCCCCCCAACUCCUGGAGGUCCCAAUGACACUACAACGGAGCCAUCACAAGAAUCUGUUCGAGCAAAAUUUGCCACCACUCCAGGCUUUGCAGUCCCUGUGCCUUCCUUCUCUUACGGUGUGAUGCCCAAGGCUAACACUGCAUCAGGAAGUUCCCAACAAUCUCCAUCUACUCCAGCUAGUUCUCAGGUGUUAAAGUUAAAUCCACCCACUUCUGCAGCAGCUCUUCAACCCCCAGUUCCUGGUCAAUCUUCAGCAACUGGACCAUCAUUUUCAUACAAUAUCGCGUCACAAGCUAAUGUUGGUGCUGCAAGCAGUCAGCAGCCGCAGCCUCAAUCUAGCACUGCCACCGCUCCAGGUAACUCACAAGGGGGAAAGCUUACCCCAACAACUGCAGCAUCCUUGCAACCUCCAGCACCUGGGCAAUCAGGACACGCUAAUCAAUUUGUUCCUGGAAAAUUUCCCCAAAAUAUGGCAGCUCCAUUGCAGCCUCCUUACCCAGUUCCAAGAGGACACCCAUCAAUUGCAGCAGGCUUUUCUUUUAGCGGGAGCUCACAGUUACCUGCCACAGCUGAAGCUUCACCUAAAACUUCGUCUUCCAACUCUAAUACCUCUGCUGCUGUUGCACCUGAAGCUGUCACAGCCCUUCCAACAUCAUCUAGUACUCAGUCUAUUGUAUUGCAUGCCCAUACUUCCUCAAGUUCUUCUAUGAUUCCCCCUGUACCUCCAAAUAUGUAUCCAACAUCAUCUAUGUGGGUGCAGACUGCUCCUUCAUUUCCUGCCCCCCCUGGAAUGCCAGGAACUCCUGGAACACCUGGUCCCCCAGGGAUGCCUUCAUCAGCACCUUUAUCAUCUGGUAAUGCUAAUACCGUCCGGCCAGCUAUCAUGGAUUCUUCUGUAUCUCUUAGACCAAUGCUAUCUCCUGCAUCAUUUCCCCCAAAUUCAACUGCACCGACACUUGUGCAAAAUGUUCAGCAGCAAAUCUAUCCACCUUAUCCUUCUCUACCUGCUAUGACUCCACCCCCUCAGGCACUUUGGUUGCAUCCCCCUCAAAUGGGUGGUUUGCAGCGCCCCCCAUUUGUACCUUAUCCUGGUCCCCUUCCUGGCCCCUUUCCAGUGCAAAUACGUGGCGUGCCGCUUCCUUCCGUACCUUUACCUGAUUCACAACCUCCUGGUGUUUCCCUCAUUGGACCUCCUGGAGGAACAUCUCCAGCCAUUAUUGGAGCUGGUCAGACUUCAAGCCGACCACAAUCACCUCCACCGGGCAUAGACCAGAAUAAACAAGCUAAUGACCUUACCAACAAGGAUGGUGACACUGCAAAGAAAGAAGAUGCAGAUACAUGGACAGCACACAAGACUGAAACAGGAGCUGUAUACUACUAUAAUGCUCUCACGGGAGAAUCAACGUACGAAAAGCCUGCCGGUUUCAAGGGAGAGGUGCCAGACAAAGUCACAACUCACUCAACUCCAGUUUCGUCGGAGAAGUUAGCUGGUACAGAUUGGGUAUUAGUCACCACAAAUGAUGGCAAAAAGUACUAUUACAACACCAGGAACAAGGUAAGUAGCUGGCAAGUGCCAUUGGAGGUUGCAGAAAUGAGAAAGAAACAGGAAAGUGAAUCUUUGAAGGCAAAUGCAGCUUCAGUACAAAAUGCUAGUGCACUCGCAGAUAAAGGAUACGCUCCUGUUAGUUUGAGCGCUCCUUCUGUUAACACAGGUGGUCGUGAUGCCAUAGCUCUUAGAACUUCAGGUGGUCCUGUGUCUUCAUCUGCUUUGGAUUUGAUUAAAAAAAAGCUACAGGAUGCCGGUGCUCCUGCUGCUUCAUCACCUCUUCCGUCUUCAUCUGCACCUUCCAUGCCAGAUUUAAAUGGCCCAAAAUCAGUUGAGGCCACAACAAAGGGCCAGCAGAGUGAGAAUAGCAAAGACAAACUGAAAGAUGCUAAUGGGGAUGGAAACAUGUCAGAUUCCUCAUCAGAUUCAGAUGAUGUGGACAGCGGACCCACUAAGGAGGAGUGUAUUAUCCAGUUCAAGGAGAUGCUUAAAGAACGAGGAGUGGCACCAUUCUCAAAGUGGGAAAAGGAACUGCCGAAGAUAUUAUUUGACCCCCGUUUUAAGGCUGUUCCGGGUUAUAGUGCUCGUAGAGCCUUAUUUGAACACUAUGUCCGGACACGAGCUGAAGAGGAGCGCAAGGAAAAACGAGCAGCUCAGAAGGCUGCAAUAGAGGGUUUCAAACAGUUGCUAGAGGAAGCUUCAGAGGAUAUUGAUCACAAAAUUGACUAUCAAACAUUCAAAAGAAAAUGGGGCCAUGACCCAAGAUUUGAGACAUUGGAUCGCAAGGAGCGGGAGCUUUUGUUAAAUGAAAGGGUUCUUCCUCUGAAAAAGGCUGCUGAAGAAAAGCUUCGGGCAAUACGUACAGCUGCUGUCUCUAGUUUCAAGUCCAUGCUUCGAGAGAAAGAAGAUAUAAAUACAACCAGCCGCUGGUCCAGGGUGAAAGAUGGUCUGAGGAAUGAUCCAAGAUACAAAUCUGUUAAGCAUGAAGAUAGAGAGGUUUUGUUUAAUGAGUAUAUAUCUGAAUUGAAAGCUGCGGAAGAGGAAGUGGAGCGAGCUGCAAAAAUCAAAAGAGAGGAGCAGGAGAAAUUAAAAGAAAGGGAACGGGAAACACGCAAACGUAAAGAAAGAGAAGAGCAAGAGAUGGAGAGAGUGCGGUUGAAAGUUCGCAGAAAGGAAGCAGUUGCUUCGUAUCAGGCUUUACUUGUGGAAACAAUUAAAGACCCUAAGGCAUCUUGGACUGAAUCCAAGCCUAAAUUGGACAAGGAUCCCCAAGGGCGUGCCACAAACCCUGACCUUGAUAAAGCCGAUACCGAAAAACUAUUCCGGGAGCAUGUAAAAGUAUUAUACGAGCGAUGUGCACGUGACUUCCGCGCCGUGUUAUCGGAGGUCAUAACUGCAGAGAGAGCUGCCCAAGUGACAGACGAUGGAAAGACAGUUCUUACUUCUUGGUCUGAGGCAAAACACCUUCUAAAACCAGACCCAAGGUAUUCAAAGAUGCCGAGGAAAGAAAGGGAGUCCCUCUGGCGACGAUAUGCAGAAGAAAUGCAGCGAAAGCAAAAAUUAGAUUCUGAUCUCAAGGAAGAGAAAUCGAAUGCGGAGGUGAGGAACAGAAUCUCUUCUGAUUCUGCAAGGUCUCCACCUGCAAUGAGGAGAACCCAUAGCCGAAGAUAGCUUCUUAGGUGAAUUGGAGCACGUCUCCUUUCAUUAAAGAGGAACAUUGCAGAGGCCCUUGCUAGGGUGGGGAAGCAUGACUGCUGCCAUCAGUUCCAGACAGAAAGCUAGAGAACAGAAAAGCCUACAAGAUGAAAGAGAUAUUUUGCAAAUUUUGGUUACAACUGACUGCUAAUAGUAGCUGAUGUCCCUGAUUCUCGCAAUGAAUGCAACCAAUUCUUGUAUAUCUUCUGUUGCUUGCUGAUGCUUACAAAACAGGCCAUCAGAUCAGUUUCCUUCUACAGAAUCCAAUCCUCUGUUUCUUCGCUUCUUUCAGGAGAACCCGAACAUUUCAUGUAAACAGCCUCUUUGAGUUCAAGCUGCUUAGUGUCUGUUCGGAAUCAUCAUCUGAAGAUUUUUCGAGCAUUCUUGCACUUUGUACACAAUAUUCAGUCAUUAUAUAUCUUGUUUCUACUUC